AUGGCAUCGAUAUUUGCCAGAGUCAAGGAGUUCUUCCUGGCUGAUGCCAUUCCUGGGAACACCCUCCCUCAGCUAGAAACUUCGUUAGACCCUCGUGUCACGUUUAAUAGACUCAAAAAUCACAAAUGGACCAGGGGCGAUUUACAGUAUAUCCCCAUGGCCGUUGUCAUGUUAUUCUGUUUCAUUAUUGAUUCUGAUCCUCCCCUAUUUUUCAGGUUAUCCAUUGCUCUUUUACUGACUAUUGCCGUAAUAAUUCCUGCCACAUCUCAGUUCUGGUUCCCUUUUCUUCCUAUUGGAACCUGGCUCGUACUGUUUUAUUCCUGUCGAUUUAUUCCUCCUGCUUGGAGACCUUCGAUCUGUGUAAGACUGCUGCCUGCUUUAGAAACUAUUUUCUAUGGCGGUAAUUUGAGUGAGGUUUUAGCAUCGUCUAAAAACUCUGUACUCGAUGUUCUGGCUUGGCUGCCUUAUGGACUGAUCCAUUUCGGUGCUCCUUUUGUCGUGUCCAUUAUCUGCUUCUUGUUUGGACCUCCUUCCAUGUUGAGAGUAUGGGCAUUUGCGUUUGGCUGGAUGAACAUCAUUGGUGUCAGUAUUCAAAUCCUAUUUCCUACUGCUCCUCCAUGGUACAAAAUCGACCAUGGCCUGGAUCCUGCCAACUAUUCUAUGCCCGGUAGUGCUGGUGGGUUGGCCCGUAUCGACAAGCUACUUGGAUUAAAUCUGUAUACCGGUACUUUUGGCGCUUCCCCACAGGUGUUUGGCGCAUUCCCAUCACUGCACUCGGGAUGUGCCACUAUCGAGGUACUGUUUCUCAGUCACAUGUUCCCCAGCCUGACUCCGUUCUUUUUUCUCUAUGAAAUGUGGAUCUGGUGGUCGACUAUGUACCUGACCCACCACUAUUUCAUUGAUCUUGUAGGAGGUGCUGCCCUUUCAUUCACAGUCUUUUACGCCUGUAAGAUGACUUGUUUGCCCAGAAUGCUUCCUGGUAAGUUGUCUCGUUGGUCGUAUGACUAUGUUGAGAUUGGGAUUGCCAAACUUCCUGCUAAACUACGAAAAUCCAUCGAUGACGGCGAGUUUAUUGAGCUGCCUCCUCUUGACACUGUACGAGCAGCUGCUGUUCACGAUAUUGCCGACGAGCUUGAGUACCAUUCUCCACAAUUAUCAUCACCUGUCCCUCAUCGACCAGGUCUGUUUAACCAAGGACCAGGACGUAGAAGUCCUCAAAGCCCUCGAUUCGCCAGCAACGGAUUCUCCACCAUCAGCCCUACCGGUGCGUCUGGAGCUAGUAAUCACGGACCCGUCAGCAGCAACGGCGGCAGUCUCAGCGGUAUAGCCGGGCGUGCUAUCCCUGAUUUAUAUCACAACCAUCACAAAACCAGCAGCUACCAGUUCUUUGAAGGCGAUCUACGAGCCACCUCGGCGUCGUCUCCUGUAUCUGCUAUUCGCCAGGAUUACGGCGACAUUCCCACUGCGGUCAACUCAUCCGGGCCCAGCAGCGCCAGCAUCAGCACCAGCGGCAGCACUAUAGUACACAACGGCCGGUCCACGACGCCGUCUCCUAAAGCCGACGACUCGAUCCUGUCCAACAUCUUCGCUGCCAGGACAAUCUCGCCCGUUCACCGAGACUAA